AUGAUCGUAGGAUGUCGGUGGUGCAGCGACAUCAUUCCGUCCGUUAGUCCAGUACCUCUUGAUGAAAGUCUUUCAUACCUAUGUGUGGUAUUGCUUUAUUAUCUGCGUCUGACGUGUCAACUGCGUAAUGCCCAACCUUUACUUGCUUUUGGGAUGCAGAGGACUUGUCUAAAAUUGCGUUUUAAUCUGCUUGAUGGAGAUUGUACAUCACAGCUCCAAUCGAUUGUUCAUUAUGACUUCUCCACGUUUUUGCAUCGUGGACCGGACUUUUGCUCAUGCAAGGCACUUAUGCCGUCUGGCCCUUCUGUACACAGUUCCGGAUUGCUGGCCGUUGGAUGCAUCUUGUCUCAACGCGGCAGUAGUGUGACAACGCAACCUCUUUGGACAGUUUCUUCGCUCACUAACAAGACGUACUACUUGCUAUGGAAUGGAGAAGUGUUUCACUUUGCUGAUAACCUGAUAGACCAACGUUUUCAAGAUCCACUCGUAAAUGAUGCCGACAUUCUUCUGUCUCUGAUAAAAGAUACUGAUACUCUGGAGGAACUUCUUUGCUUGCUUUCGUCAGUCCAGGGACCGUUCGCCUUUAUUUUGAUUGAAUUCCCGACUAAUCUAAUCUACUUCGGUCGCGACCGUCUCGGUAGGCGCUCCUUGGUUGCCAGACAUCCUGCUGUCUCGGACGAGGACAGCCACAUGAUGUUGGACUGCAUUUCAAGUGUUGUGCUUCUCAGUGGCUCCGAGCAGAGUAAGGCGGAUGAACAGGAUUGGAUCGAACUGCCUGCUUCUGGAGUAUACACUGCUCAGUUAUUGCACACCAAGAAUGGGUGGUGUUUCACUAAUAUCACCAUGUACCCUUGGUCAAAGGAACACUUAGAAGCUUGGUCAUUGUCCCAGCUGAACAUUACCAAGCAGAUAGGCUUUGUUUUAGCGAACGAAGAACACUUCCCAUCACUCUCACUGGCAGCCAGUUUUGAUUGGGCAUGCGAAGAAUUUCUGAAGCUCCUGUGUUCAGCCGUUCGGGAUCGUGUACGGUUGGCCUCUUCAACAUGCACUAAUUGCAGUUUUCGGCCUCAAACACCCGAAGCUACCGGAUGUGGUCAUAGCAGAUUUGCCGUACUCUUUUCCGGAGGCCUCGACUCGACUGUCAUUGCAGCACUGUGUGAUCGAUUCAUCCCUUCAGAUCAGCCAAUUGAUCUUAUCAACGUGGCGUUCGAGCAGUCCGCUCCUAAUGUGUCAUCUAAGAUCACCAAUUCCUCCACCUGUCAGAAAGGUUUUGCCUUCGAUGCUCCUGAUCGCCAGACAGCGUGGCAAAGUUUUCGUGAACUUUGCAGUCUGAGUCCCACUCGCAACUGGCAGCUCGUACUAGUGGACGUGCCCUUAGAAGAACUACGUGCCGUGCGAUCGUCCUAUAUCAAGCGCCUUCUGCUACCGAAUCGUUUGACCGUCCUGGAUGUAAGCUUGGGUUUGGCCACUUGGUUUGCCGCUCGUGGUACUGGUCAUCUCGUGACAAGUCUGUCAUUGGCACAGUCGUCCACUGUUUCGAACCCCCACCUUGGUGAUCAAAAUUCCACGUACUGCUCGCCAGCAAAGGUUGUUUUUGUCGGGACGGGCGUUGACGAACAACUGGCCGGCUACUCACGGCACCGAAAUACAUUUCAACAGUAUGGACCAGAAGCCUUGGAAAAAGAACUUGUGAUGGAAAUGCGACGGAUAUCAGAACGCAAUUUGGGCAGAGACGACCGUAUUAUAUCCGAUCAUGGACGUGAAGCCCGGUUUCCCUAUCUCGACGAGCGAGUCACUCAGUUCUUACGUCGGUUGCCUAUCCAUUUGAAAGCGGAUCUCACACUACCUCGUGGGGUUGGAGAAAAGCGUCUUCUACGACAGGUUGCUUAUAACUUAGGCUUGUUGCAGGCUUCCACCCUUUCUAAACGUGCUAUGCAGUUCGGGAGUCGCAUUGCUAAGGCGGAAGGUUCCAGUCGGUUGCUUGGAUCUGCGGACAAGAUUCCUGCUCGCCUGGAUGCUUAGACUGACCGAGUGCCAUGCUCAUGUACAUAAUACAUUCCAGUUUGUUUUUG